AGCACUGGCACAGGAGCAAGGGGCAGGAACUGAUGCACAGGAAGCUCUAUCUGAACAUGAGGAAGAACUUCUUUGCUGUGCGGGUGACAUAGUGCCUAGAGAGGAUGUGGAGUGUCCAUCCCUGGAGAUAUUUUAAAAAAACCCAACAAAACACCGAACCACAAAAGGACGGAAUCCUGUUUCGUUUGCUCUGGGGCGGCCCUCCUGGACCACACCAGAGCGACUCUUCCACCCUGACUCCGUGUGUGAUUCUGGGACUCCGAGGCGGCGGCGCUUCCGGGCAGCGAGCGGCGGUUCCGGGGCAAGGCGGCGGCUCCGGGGCGGGACCGGCGGCGGCUCCGGGGCGGGACCGGCGGCGGCUCCGGGCACUGAGCGGCGAGUGCAAGGCAGAGCAGCGGCUCUGGGAAGGGACCGGCCGCGGUUCCUGGGCACUGAGCGGCGGUUCCGGGCAUUGAGCGGAGGUUCCCGGGCAUUGAACGACGGCUCCGGGCAUUGAGCGGCGGCUCCGGGCAUUGAGCGGAGGUUCCCGGGCACUGAGCGGCGGUUCCCGGGCAUUGAGCGGAGAUUCCUGGGCAUUGAGCGGCGGUUCCCGGGCAUUGAGCGGAGAUUCCUGGGCAUUGAGCGGCGGUUCCCGGGCAUUGAGCGGAGAUUCCUGGGCACUGAGCGGCGGUUCCCGGGCAGAGCGGCGGUUCCCGGGCACUGAGCGGAGGUUCCCGGGCAGAGCGGCGGUUCUGCCAGCCCAGGGCUCCAUGGAGGAGCAGCAGCGGCGGGCGCUGCGGCGCGGGCGGGCCCGGCUGGUGGCGGCGCUGCGGGUGGAGCCGCUCUGGGACCCUCUGGAGCAGCGCGGGCUCUUCACCCGGCCCAUGCUGGAAGAGCUGCAGAGCGCUGGCAGCCGAGGAGAGCAAGCCCGGCAGCUGAUCAUUGACCUGGAGACUCGAGGGAAGCAGGCUUUCCCUGCCUUCCUCUCCAUCCUGCGGGACACCGGGCAGGGCGACCUCGCCGAGAUGCUGAUCCAGGAGUGCGAAUCCCGGCCGGUGCCGCCGCAGCUGCCGGAGCUGCGGCCCGUGGAGCUGGAGCCGCGGGAGGGGAAACAUCAUAAAAAUGUGACCCCUCAUGAACGUUUGUCUAUCCCAGUCCAAGCCGAGAGUGAAAGACCUCGAAUGCCUCCUGUGCUGACCCAGGGUUCAGCUGUUGGCAAGAGGAGUUCUGAUGAGGAUUAUAAGAUGAGAGCGGAUCCCUGCGGACACUGCCUGAUCCUCAACAAUGUGAAUUUCUCCAGAGACUCGGGUCUGUUGACCCGAGAAGGCUCCGACAUCGACUCUGAGAAGCUGGAGAGGCGCUUCAAGGCCUUCCAUUUCACCGUCCUGACCCGGCGGGAUCUGACUGCUCAGGAAAUGGUGUUGGAGCUGCUGAAGCUGUCACGGCAGGACCACAGUGCUUUGGACUGCUGUGUUGUGGUCAUCCUUUCCCAUGGCUGUCAGGCAAGCCAUAUUCAGUUUCCUGGAGGCGUUUACGGAACGGAUGGAAAAGCCAUUCCCAUAGAAAAGAUUGUGAACUAUUUCAAUGGGUCCAAUUGCCCGAGUUUGAGAGGAAAACCCAAAGUGUUCUUCAUCCAGGCCUGUGGUGGAGACAAAAGAGAUCAAGGCUUUGUAGUGGAUUGUGACUCUCCUGAGGAGGAGGCUCCUGGGGGUUCUUUGGAAUCGGACGCGACCCCAUUUCAGGUUCCAUCAGAAAACAGGGAUGAGCCCGACGCCGUUGCCAGUUUGCCCACACCCAGUGACAUCUUGGUUGCCUACUCAACUUUUCCAGGUUUUGUCUCCUGGAGGGAGAAGUCGAGUGGCUCGUGGUAUGUGGAAACGCUGGAUAGUGUGCUGGAGCAAUAUGCCCAUUCAGAAGACCUGGUCAGCAUGUUAGUGAGGGUGGCACGGGCUGUCUCUGCCAAGGAGAGGUACAAGCAGAUGCCGGGGUAUUUCAAUUUCCUCCGUAAAAAUUUCUUCUUCAUGUGUGACUGACACGUGGGCUUCGAGCCGCCUGCCAAGCGCUGGAGGUUCUCCCUGUGCCUGAAGGAAAUCUGUGCCCACCACGGCUUGGUGUCAGUGCUCCUGGUGGAUUCUGUCUGCGUGUCCAGAUGCGUGUCUGGAGAAAUGUGAUCUGCCAGCUCUGGCUUUGCCGUGGAGAUGAGAUGGAGAUUGUGCUGUGCCGAGGGGAAGUGUUGUGGAUGGAAGUCCCUUUGCUGGAGACCAGAGCCAGAGGAGAGCACUUCUGGCUCAUCCUGACACAGCCACGCUCAGCCUCAGAGUGUUUUUCUCUGCUGAUCAUGGUAUUUGUGUCCUGUGCUGCCUGGGUAACUGAUGGAGGGGACCAGGCUCUGAUGUUCAAGUGAAACGAGAUGAGUGUUGCAGUCAAUGUUUCUAAUAAAUGCAAUUAAAGAGCAAAUCUUUAGCUGUAUUUCCUU